GAAGAAGGAGACCGCGGGCAGCAACGCGCCGUAAUGAAACUCGAAUUCUGCUAAAAUAUCUAACAUUUCUCUCCCAUAAUCUCUGAAUAAACGUGUUUUAGUGAAGCUGCCCGAGGUUUCGGAGCAGAAACCACCGGUUCUGCCGCUUUAUCCGCCACCUGCUCCCAGAUCUGGACCAGGUUCCCGGAGCUAACUGAGCUAACGAGGCUACAGCGACGUCUCCGCGCGCCGCUGCCCGAGCCAGAGGCGCCGCGGCCCGGCUGCAGGAACACCAUGGGCCGGGGACGAGGCCCGCUGCGGACCAGACCCCCGAUGGGCCCCCCAGGUGAAGACGGGCCCCCCUUCCACAUGGGUGCUCCUGGCUGGGGCCCCCCCCCCUCCCGGUGGGUGGGGUCCCCCCCCUCCCGGGGGCUGGGGGCCCCCGCCCGAGGACUGGGGCCCCCGCCCGCCCGGAGCCUGGGGCCCCAGGGGCCCCUACCCCCCGGACUGGUACCACCGGGGGCCCCACCCUCCACACUGGGACCCCCGAGAGCCCAUGGACUGGGACCCCAGGGGCCCCCCGCACCCCGACUGGUACCAGAGAGGCCCCCCCCACCCGGACUGGGACCCCCAUGGGCCCCCUCCUCCGGGCUGGGACCCCAGAGGCCCCCCUCCCCCGGGCUGGGGGCCCUACCCCGACGACUGGGUGCCCCCCCCAGACUGGAGGUCCGGACCGGCCCCCUGGGGGCCCGAGGUCCCCCCUGACCCCUGGGGACCUGAACCUCCGCUUCCUCCCGUCCCCCCGGGGGCCCCGGUCCCCCCAGCGGGGCUGGUGCCCCCCAUCCUGCCCCCAGGGGUGCCCCCCCCCUCCGGUGGGGCCCCCCCCGGACGUCUCCGCCUGCCCCCCAGGGAUCCCGGCCCCGUUCUUCCCGGCCUUCCCCCCCCCCGGCUGGCCAGCAGAGGUGGUAGCGGAGGAGCCGCUGCCGAACCCCCCGCCGGACCAGCCGGAGUGGAUCAAAGCUCUGAUCUCGGCUCCGCCCGGGGAGACGGUUCCAGGAGAAACCGCUAAAAUGGAAACCGUCGCCGCCGUCGCCGUGGCGACAGAACCGGAGACGGAUCCGGUUCCUGCCGCCGAGCCGGCCCCCAAACCGAGACCAGAACCCAAGCUGGCCCGAGCUCUGGGGCUGCUGGCCAAGCGCACCUUCGAGAAGCCUCCUCCCGGCAGAUCCACCGGGAUCAUCUCCUUCAUCGGGCCGACCUUCGGCUACAUCGAGAGGGAGGACCUGGAGAAAUACACGUUCAGCUUCGACGGCUUCUUUGGGAACCCGAAAGCCAUGACGCCGGGGGUCCGAGUCCACUUCACCGGCUGCAAGGAGAAGAACCACCUGCGGGCGACGGACGUGAAAGUGGCUCCAGGAGGAACGGAGAACGUGGGGGAGGAGAUUUACGAGGCCGUGGUCAGUCAGCCCAUCGUGGAGCCGCAGCCCGGGGAGCGGCAGUACCCGGGUCAGGUGUUCGUCACCAUCGGUCCGGUCCGGACCAACCUGCCGUUCGAGAGGAAGGACAGCGGCGUGACGCUGCUGCAGGACGACCAGGUGCUCAUCAACCUGCUGACCGACAUCGUCUCGGAGAAACGCAGGGCCACCAACGUCAAGCUGAAGAUCCCCGGGACCUUCAGCCACACGCUGGAGACCCGCGAGAAGGGCUCCAUCGCCAGCCUGAAGGACGGCGAGGGCCUGAUCCAGUCCGAGGGCCACGGAGAGCUGCCCUUCGACCCCAAGGAGAAUCUCAGCGACAUCGAGUUCACGGAGGAGGACGUGGGCGAGGAGGUGGAGUUCACCGUUACCAAGCUGAAUUGUGGGAAACGAGCCAUCCGGAUCCAGCGGGCCAAGGAGCCGCUCCUCCUGGCGCUGUGCAGCAGCAGCGCCGAGUCCAGCGCCGAGGACCGGUCGUACCACGCCGCCCGCAGGAAGUGCCCCGCCCCGCUGGACCUGGGGCCCAACAUGGUGCUGGACACGGAGCUGUACGAGGGCAUCGUCAGCCAGCCGCCGGCCCAGGCAACGCCGGACCAGCAGGCGUCUCCGGGACAGAUUCACGCCAACAUCGGCCCCAUCAAGACCAACGUGGCGUUUGAGCGGCGGGACGGGGACGUGACGCUGUUGGAGAACGACCACGUCCUCAUCAACCUGCUGAUGGACACGGUGUCCAUGAGGAAACAGGCGGCCAACAUCCGUCCCAAGAUCCCCUUCACCUUCAGCUACACCAAGGAGACCCGGGAGCUGGGAACCAUCUCCUCCCUGGACGAGUCCGGGGGAAUCAUCAGGUCCGACCAGCACGGAGAGAUUCCUUUCAACGUCUCCGAGAACUUCAGCGACACCGAGUUCAGCUCUGACGACGUCAACAAGGAGGUGGAGUUCACGCUGACCCAGGUGAGACUGACCCAGGGGACGGCAGCCAAGAGAGCCAUCAGACUGAUGAGGAAGAACCAGGACAAGAUCCUGCAGGAGCAGAAGAGACGGGAGGAAGAGGAGAGGAGGAGGAGGAAGGAAGAGGAGGAGCAGGAGAGGAGGAGGAGGGAGGAAGAGGUGAUGGAGCUGGAGAGGAGGAAGAAGGAGGAGGUGGCCGCCGCCCUGGCAGCCGCUAAAGACAAGUGGACGCCGCUCGGCUUCACCAUGAGGAUUCCCGACUCCAUGGACGAGAUCAGCAAGGAGCGCUUUGAGGGAACCGUCCUCAGAACCGCCCCCAGAACCGACUCCAGAACUCCUGGGAAAGCUGUGAAGAAGGAGCCGGAGGACCAGCAGGACCAGCAGGACCAGCAGGGGGGACCCACCGAGGACGGAGCGGCACCUGUCGGACAGGUUAAAAUUAAGGUGGAAAAGGUUGAUGAUGAUGAGAAGGAGGCAGCGAGGGAGGAGGUGAAGACGGAGGUGAAGACGGAGGUGAAGACUGAGAAGAAGGAAGUGAAGAAGGAGGAAGAGGAGGAGGCUAAAGCCGGAGGAAAAGUGCAGCCUCCUCCAGGAACAGGGAGGGUGGUGAUGACCUUCAACGGGGAACAGAAGCAGCUCAACUUCGGACCCAAAGACCUGCUGACGGCAGCCACCAUGCUGGUGGGGGACAAGGUCCGGUUCAACAUCGCGACGCACCGGGAGACGAAGGAGGAACGAGCCACAUACGUGGAGAUCCUGACGGACUCCUUUGAAGAAUCAACUGAGCAGCGUCAUCACGGCAUCGUGAUCGAGUUCUGCCGGGACUCAGGCCUCAUCAAGUGCUCGGAGAAUCCCCAGCUGCCCUUCAGCAUGGCCGAGGUGGUGGAGAGGAAACGGCUGGAGCUCAACGAGAAGGUGGAGUUCAGCAUCGUCCCGCUGGAGGCGGUGGACGGCGGCACCCAGGCCGUCAGAAUCAAGCGCUUCACCGAGAAAGUCUUCCUCCCCGUUCGGAAACUCACCGGCGUCGGAGCAAACAAGGGAAAGAUGACCAUCAAACUGAGCAAGACUGCAGAGGACAUCGAGAAGGAGAAGCAGGAGGCGGAGAAGCUGAAGACGGUGGUGAAGAACCUGAGGAAGGACUACGUGACCCGCCGGCGGGCCAGUCGGAGCCGGAGUCGGAGCCGGAGUCGCAGCAGGGCGAGGAGCAAGAGCAAGAGUCCGACCAGAGACAAGUUCGGUCGGGUCGUCAAGAAGCGGCGCAGCCCCAGCGUCGAGCGCAAGAGCUCCAAGCGGAGCCGGGAGAGGCCGAGCAAAACCCGGAGCCGGAGCAGGAGCCGGAGCCGGGAACGGAGCAAGAAGAGGAGGACCAGCCGGGACCGGGAGGAGUCCCAGCGGAAGAGAACCAGCCCCUCCAGGAGAACCAGCCCCCCCAGGAGGAAGGAGGUGGUCGUGGACACGGACACGGAGCUGGCCAGGAAGAAGAGGGAGCUGGACGAGCUGAACGAGAUGAUCGCCUACAAGAAGAGUCUGGUGGAGGGGGAUCCCCGGGACCCCAGGGACCCACGGGAUCCCCGGGACCUGCGGGAUCCCCGGGACCACCUGGAUCCCCGGGAUCCGCGGGUCCACCUGGAUCCCCGAGACCACCUGGACCCGCGGGAUCCCCGGGACCCGCGGAACCACCUGGAUCCGCGGGGCCCCCGGGGCCACCUGGAUCCCCGGGACCCGCGGAACCACCCGGACCCGCGGGACCCGCGGGGCCUGGAACCCGGGCCCCGCGGCACCUGCAUCGACUACGACCACGGCAGGUCCGUGCCGCUGGCCGAGUACAAGCCGGUGCGGUCGAUCCUGAAGAAGAGGCCGGGGGAACCGGACUACCCGCCCCACCCUUACGACGACCCGUACUACGACCGGCCCUACGGCGGGUACCCCGACCGGCGGUACGACCCGUACGCCCCCCACGCCCCCCCGGCCUACGCCGAGCGGCCCUACGACCGCUACGAGGACCGCCUGCCCUACGGCGACCCGCCCUACGGCGGCCCGCCCUCCGCCAGCCGCCACUACGACCGCUACGACGUCUACGACGAGCCCUACGGCGAGCGCUACGAGGAGCGCUACUACGACCCGUACAGGGAGCAGCCGUACGACCCGUACCCCCCCAAACAGGGCCAGAGUCCAGAACCCCCCUCCCGGUCCCAGAUCUCCCCCUCCCACCCCCCGGCCUCCACCCAGACCAGCUUCAGACCCCCGUCCCCCAUAGACUCGCCCCCCAGGAGCCCCUCGCCGAGGCAGAAGGCCUCCCCGCCCCGGCAGUCUCCCCCCGCAGAGAAACAACCGCUGGACCGGUUCCUGGACAUGCUCAGCAAACGGGCCGACGGCGGCGACCGGAAGAGCGAGUCUCCUCCUCCUCCGACGGCGGCCGACGACGAGCUGCUGCCCCACGAGCUGGCGCUGCAGGACGGGAGGGGAUUCUCCCGGAUCCUGGGCUCGGCCCCGGGCAGCAGCCUGGCCCAAGAGGCCCCGGGCGGCAGCAGCCUGACCGGGGAAGAGGAGAGGUAUCCGAGCUCCAAGAGGUCGUCGCUGGAGAGGGAGAGGGAGAGGGAGGGCGAGGAUCCGCCGGCAGAACCGUACGACAAGAUCCAGAGUCUGCUGCGAACCAUCGGCCUGAAGCUCAGCUCCGGAGACGUGUCCAAGCUGAGGCUCUGCAGCCCCAAGUCCUCGUCUGCCGACAGGGACGAGCUGCGACCCCCCAGAACUGGUUCUGUGGAGCUGGACUCCCUCCCAUCGUCCUGCCCGGUCCGGUCCCCAGUCCGGUCCUCCAGCGCCGAGCAGAAACCAUCGGAGUACGAGGAGUUCCUUGACCGGCAGGAGCUGGAGGCCCUGCAGGAGGCCCAGAAGCUGCAGAGCCUCACCAGGAACAUGGGGAACAUGGGGAACCCCCCCCCGCCCGCCGCCCUGACCCCCAAACCUCCCCCCGGGCCCCCGCCGGCCCACUACCAGCACCCCUCCCCCCCGCUGAACUGGCCCCUGGGGGUCCCUGCUCACGGCCCCCCCACGCCAGGAGGCUCGGGCCCCCCCGCCUCGGCCCCCGCCCCCAUGCAGCACCGGUUUGGACCCCCCACAGGGCCCCCCCCCGGUCCUCCCCCAGGUCCUCCUCCAGGGCCCCCCCCAGGUCCUCCUCCACGGCACCUUCUCCACCCUCCUCCGGGGCCCCCCCCUGGGCCGCCCCCCCGCCGGCCUCUGGGACAGCCUCCCUUUGCCCCACCCCCCUCUCACUCCAUCCUGCCGUUCAUUGGUCAGGCUGACCAGACCCCGCCCACCAGCUCCGCCCAGCCUGGGGCCUCGGCGACGCCCCCAACCCCCUCCGGUUCCUCUGGUCCCUGCCACCAGACGGCCAUCUCCACCACGGUGGCCCGGUGCCUGAAGGUCAUCGAGACGGUGAAGUCUCUGAGCUCUCAGCCGGUUAAAUCGGUUAAAUCGGUCCAGUUCAGCCUCCCCACCGAGUCCUCGCUGGGUUCCAGCCCCCUGAGCUCGGCCGAGAACGACCUGGACAUCAAGGCCAAGCAGAAGGAGAAGCUGGAGCUGUACAGCCAGAAGCUGGUGGAGAAACGAGAGCAGCAGUACAAAGAGAUGCUGCUGCGCAGGAAGCAAGGCCUGAAGAACAAGGACGGCCCGCUGCUCUCCCCAGGGAAGCCGGCCAGCAGCGAGCCCAGGAACGUGUGGGUGGUGGGCCACUCGCUGGUGUUCUGGGCCGAGUCGCGGGCCAAGUCCCCGGAGGUAGGUAUGCAGCUGGGCAUGGACCCGGGCCAGGUGGCCGUCUGGUGGAAGGGGACGCAGGGCAUGACGUGGUCGCAGCUGCUGCCGCAGCUGCACCAGCUGAAGAUCAGCUGGCCCGAGCCCGACGUGCUCAUCCUGCACCUGGGCGGCAACGACCUGAGCACGGAGAGCCCCACGUCCCUCCUGGCCUCCGUCAAGAAGGACCUGAGCUCCAUGAGGAGCAUCUUCCCGCGCUGCCUCCUCGUCUGGUCCAACGUGCUGCCGCGCCGCGCCUGGCGACACUCACCCGACAGCCACGAGGUGGACCUGGUCCGCACCACCGUCAACCGCCGCAUCCAGAACAUCGUCUCGGAGCUGGGCGGCGUCUCGCUGAGCCACGACAACAUCCGCUGCGGAGCCAACACCGGCCUGUACCGCGCCGACGGCGUGCACCUGUCGCCCAAGGGCAUCGACGUGUUCAACCUCAACCUGCAGGAGUUCCUGGAGAAGUGGGAGUCGGAGCUGAACCCCGACCAGACCUCCACCUGAACCCCGACCAGACCUCCACCUGAACUUGCACCUUCAGGAGUUCCUGGAGCUGAACUCCGACCAGACCUCGCAGGUGUAGGACUAUCUUUUCACGUUCUUUCACCGCUGAUUGUAGCUAGUUUCUUUACGUCUUUCAUUCUUAAAUAUCCGGUUACAAGGUCCGUAGAAGUAGAAAGCUCAUUUAGACAAUAAUGUUCUAAUGACGGUUUUCAGCAAUUAGUCGACUUGCGUUUUAAGCUUUUCUUUAUUCUCAGCUAAAUCUGUAAGUGGUUUUGUCAAAUAAAAUAAAAAUGAAAUGAUGAAACAUUUUUCUCGCUUUUUGGGAAACAAGUUUUUUAUUUUUAUUAAUUAUUUUUAUUUUCAGGGAAGCAAUAGAGGGAAUGUUCAUGACGUCACAGAUUCGACUUCACAGCGGGUUAAACCACUGAGUGUCAGAAAGGCCGAGUGUCGGAGAGACCGAGUGUCGGAGAGACCGAGUGUCGGAGAGACCGAGUGUCGGAGAGACCGAGUGUCGGAGAGACCGAGUGUCGGAGAGACCGAGUGUCGGAGAGGCCGAGUGUCGGAGAGGCCGAGUGUCGGAGAGGCCGAGUGUCGGAGAGG